UGAGGCGGCCGCGGGCGCGGGUCGCGUCGCGCUGCUCCGAGGGGCCGGGCUGGGCUGGCCGCAGCUGGCGCCUGGCCGUGAGGGCGGGCUCCCGGGCGGGCGGGAUGGCCCCCGCCUAGGGCGGUGGGAGAAGCGGCUGAGCCCAGGAUGCUGGGGAGGCGGCGCGGCGGCUCCUCACUCAUCCCAGAUGUUGAUCAUCUUUCUGGAAAAGAAUCUCCAUGGCCUGAACAUUUUCUGGAAAUAAUUUUGAGCAAAAUAUCCAUUUAAUAAAAAGAUAACCACAUCAAGAUGGUUGCAAAACUGAAGCAGAACUUACUAUUGGCAUGUCUGGUGAUUAGUUCUGUGACUGUGUUUUACUUGGGCCAACACGCCAUGGAAUGCCAUCACCGAAUAGAGGAACGUAGUCAGCCUCUCAAACUGGAAAGCACAAAGAUGACUGUGCGAACUGGCCUGGACAUCAAAGCCAACAAAACCUUUGCCUAUCACAAAGAUAUGCCUUUAAUUUUUAUUGGAGGUGUGCCUCGGAGUGGAACCACACUCAUGAGGGCCAUGUUAGAUGCACAUCCUGAUAUUCGCUGUGGAGAGGAAACCAGGGUCAUUCCCCGAAUCCUGGCCCUGAAGCAGAUGUGGUCACGGUCGAGUAAAGAGAAAAUACGCUUGGAUGAGGCUGGUGUCACCGAUGAAGUGCUGGAUUCUGCCAUGCAAGCCUUCUUACUAGAAAUCAUUGUUAAGCACGGGGAGCCAGCUCCUUAUUUAUGUAAUAAAGAUCCUUUUGCCCUGAAGUCCUUAACUUACCUUGCUAGAUUAUUUCCCAAUGCCAAAUUUCUCCUGAUGGUCCGAGAUGGCCGGGCGUCAGUACAUUCAAUGAUUUCUCGAAAAGUUACUAUAGCUGGGUUUGACCUGAACAGCUACAGGGACUGUUUGACCAAGUGGAAUCGUGCCAUAGAAACCAUGUAUAACCAGUGCAUGGAGGUUGGCUAUAAAAAAUGCAUGUUAGUUCACUAUGAACAACUUGUCUUACAUCCUGAACGGUGGAUGCGAACACUCUUAAAGUUCCUCCAUAUUCCGUGGAACCACUCAGUAUUACACCAUGAAGAGAUGAUUGGGAAAGCUGGGGGAGUAUCUCUGUCAAAAGUGGAGAGAUCAACAGAUCAAGUCAUCAAGCCAGUCAAUGUGGCAGCUCUAUCAAAAUGGGUUGGGAAAAUACCUCCAGAUGUUUUACAAGACAUGGCAGUGAUUGCACCCAUGCUGGCCAAACUUGGAUAUGACCCAUAUGCCAAUCCACCCAACUAUGGAAAACCUGAUCCCAAAAUCCUUGAAAACACUAGAAGGGUCUAUAAAGGAGAAUUUCAGCUACCUGACUUUCUUAAAGAAAAACCUCAGGAAUUCCAAGGAGUUAGUCUCUCCAUCAGGAACCAGGGACAAAGACUGAGCAAGUGGAGUAGCAGAGCCAGGAACCUCUUACAUCCUAAGGGAAGACUGCUGCCUUUUCAUCUAGGACUGGCUGUCACCUGCUGAGAUCCAGGGAGUGUACGUACCAUGGCCCGCAUCUCCUGUUCAUUUGUCAGACUCCUCCACUGAGAGGGUGGGAUGAAGAACACAUUUGGGCCUUCCUGAGUGAUCUGUGUCCUGAGCACAGCGCUCUUGAUUCUAUUGCAUGCACAACCCAGCGGAUUAGGAGUCCAGAAGGGACGUGCGCUUUCUGUUAAAACUGCUCUGGUCUUGAUCUUUUCUUACCAGAUUCCAAACUUUGUUUUAAAGGGGAGGUUUAAAAUUGGCACUCUGUAAGUAAAAAAUUGGUCAGUUUCUCUUGGUUUUGUAGAAUACUCGUAUCUGUUUAAAUGUAUUGAUGUGGAUAAUACUAAAUAUCUUAAUUAUUUAAAUUGUAUUGUUUCUGAGAAGAUGAGGGAUUACUGUAUACAUUUACAAUGUAAUGACUUUUGUAUUUUAUUUUUCAAAAUAAAAGCUUUAAG